CACAUUACUAAUCAACUCAAUUUUCCUAGUAUAAAUAGUAAAAUCGGUCUAACGGUGGUCAGUAUCGGUUCUCACGCCUUCCAACACCAUGUUUAGACUGAUCUGUAGCUUCGGCCUGCUUGCGCAGCUUGCAACUUCCAAAUUCGUCUCCCCUGAGUUGGGUCUGGGAGGUGCCGGAGAGUUUCACCACCCUGCGGAGUUCCAACAGCACGACUUCUCCCAUGGUGUAGGCAAGAUAUCGCAUUACGGAGGAUAUGGAGGGCUUGGCGAAGAGCCCAAGUUCGAAGGCAUCACCAAGGUGUUCGAGCUCGGACCUGGAGAGAUCGAUAUUCCCAAGGCUGCAGGACUUGGAUUCGGACAUGGAUUUGAAGGAGGUUUUGGACACCACGCGCCCAUUCACUUUUCCCAACAGCCGAUCCACAUUCCUCAACAACCCAUCCACUUUCCCCAGCAACCAAUAAACAUUCCUCAUCACCAGCCUGUCCAUGUCCAGCCCAUCUACAUCAAGCAGCAGCCUAUUGGAGGCGGUGAGCUAGAGAAGAGCCAAUUCAGCGAGGCCCAGAAGAAAUUCGCCGAAGAACAGUUCCAGAAGAAACAUGGAUCAAGCGGGGACAAGGCCUCAGCUGGAGAUUCAGGGUACUUCAUUGGAAAGAUCCAACAGGGUGGUGCUAAGGGUGGUAAGGGAUACUUCCAGGAGGCUGAGGGUGGUAACGAACACUUCCAGAAGGGUAAACAUUACCAUGGCGGAGAAAAGGUAGAGAAAGAAGGUGAGACUGGGGGCAAACAUCACGCCAAAACUGGCCACAAGAAGGGUCAUUCCGUGAAGGGAUUCAAGAAAUCCCAUCAUUUGGACGAAAAUGGCAAAGAAGAGCAGUUCUACGACCAAGCUCACAACGAGGGCGGAAACUACGAAUUCGGAGGCCACAACGGCAAAUUCGGACAUCUUUCUGGAGCCUCUUACAAGGGAGGAGAGGAAGGAGGCAAAUUCGCCUUCGGAAAGAAGGGCAAAGAAGGCUUCUACGAGAACUCUGCUGCCAACAAGAAAGAGCACGCUGGUCAAGACAAAUACUCCGGAGAUAAGUUCGCUGAAAACGCUGCCGCCUACGGUUUCGAAAAAGACUUCUCAUCCCAUGGAGGAGAAGGAGAAAGCGAACACAGCAAGUCAUUCGAGAAGAGCCCGUACUUCCACCAUUAAGCCCCUCUUACUCUAGGUGAUCUUUGUACUGAUGUCGGACGAGCAUAAGAAAAUCAAAAAAAAAUAUUUAUAUCGAAAAUGUGAUCUAGUAGAGUAGUGAUCCGAUGUUUGGACGAAGUCAUCUGAUUUGACGGACGGAUGACCAUAUGUUGUUGACCUGUUAUGAUGCAUGGUGGGGAAAUGUAUCAGACUUUUCUUGUAACAUUCUCACAUGCCAUACAUUACCACGUAAUGUUGAUACGUUGUAAAUACGUUUAUUUAAUUUUGUAGGAGAAUAAAAUGUUAGUUAUUGCAGUUACAGCUUUGUACUUAGUAGUUAGUGUACCUCGCCUCCCAAGAAGUAUAUACAAAACAUAAGAGUCGAACUAAAAAGUGAAAGGACGUAAUUAAGUAUAUGAUUAAGAAUAUUGCACAGUUUGCACUACUCGCUCGCACGACAUCUGCACAAAGUUUACUUAUUGGUGAAGAAAUGGUAUAUGGUGUGAAAGGCUACUGAUUGUGCUUUCCCUUCUUUUCCUUGGAAUGACAUAUCUCCGAUGAAGUGGCAGUGGUAUUGUCUAACGUAUCUCCAGGAUACUUGUCCAGAUUAGCAACAGGUUCUUCCAUAAGAUGAUUUGCUUCCUUUCGCUUGCUCUUAAUGAAAGCCUCUGUCUUGCUCCUUGUUGUGAGCUCCAAUGUAUUGCUUAGCCAUUCUCUCCAAAAUGUUGGGGAUUCUUGGAAGCUUCAAGAAAUCUUCGUGAAACUUUUUGACCUUACAGUGUAUGUUUUUAUCCAUCCAUCAGCACAUAAGGCUUAGUGUGAAACUUAUUCUAAUGGUUGUCUCUCUAAUGAAUCUACAUCAGUCUGACCAAUUAAUAAAACCACUCAUAGAAAAAAAUAACAUUUAGGCUACCACAGUAGCUUUUCUGAAGUAACCAAAAUGAAAAAGAAGUUAUGAGCAAGAAUGGCCAAGCAAGGAAAGAUCAAAUAGCUCUCUGUAAAGAGUUGCAUGAACAAUGCAUCACUUAUUAGGAUGCGAAUAAAGCUUUACUUUCAGCCCAACAUUUUAUAGAAACAAUAUAUUUUAAUUGUUUUAUAUAACUUCUGAGGUCACAGCCUAAAUGUGUUUCUUCUUUAAAUGAAAUGUCCUAUACAGUCCUCUAAUAUUUGACAUACGCUUGUGUCUUUUUGAAGAGAAAUAUUGAUAACACAAACAUUCAAAGUUUUCGCAGUUAUUGAUACACUACUUUGGCGAAACUUCAAGAGCUCAUAGGUCUAUGCUCUUGAAAUAUAUGCUGUGCAACAUUGUGUCAAAAUAUUUGAGUAAGCUCGAGUUUUUUCAGUGAAGCAUUUUGUAGAAUUGGAUCCGUUUUUUGGGAUCAAAAGAUACAGGCUACAGGAAUGUUUCCAUACAAAACUCUAUACCGAAUCUUGUUGUUGUUUUUUAGACAAGGACUGACCAACAAACUAAUUUGUACGUGAUAUCAGUCAUUUUAUGACUCCUAUAUAUAGCCAAUACUCGUGGCUAUUGAAAAAGCAC